AGCCGAGGUAAAAAUGUUGAUGGAGCGCGUGGUCCAACUCGUUCGGGACGGAGUGACGGGCAUGGAUCUUCUGGAAGUCUUCCUUAGGCGGCGCAUCCAACCGCUCCAGUACCGAGGCCACCCGAUGUGGCUGUAUUGCGGUACCGAAGACACCACUCGGGUCCAUCUAGAAGCAGUCGACGACGCCACGCUGGAGAGGUGGGUGGCCGCCAUCACAGGGAACAAGGACAACCCUCGAGGGUCUAGGAGGAUCCCGCCACUCGACUGUACUUAUACGCCGGACGCGGCCACCACUGAAUUGUACUCGAUGCCCAAUGGGGCGCAGAUGCCGACUGAGGAGGAGGAAGGAAGCAGGGGCGAAAGCCCGGAGGAGUGGGAUUCGGAUGCUGACGACGACGGCGAGGGUGAUGACUCUGGUGAGAAGGAAGAAGAGGAGGAGGAGGAGGAAGUUGCACCUCCCCGCUCGGAAAAACGCUCGAAGCUUGCCCAUGAUCCCGCGGCUGAGCGGGGUAAGGGGGUCGCAACUGCUUCCCGGUCGACCAAGCGCCCUCGGACUACUUCUCCGGCACCGACUGAGAAGGCUCCGAAGCAAUCUCGAGUGGCACCGUCGAAGCCUGCAAAGGUCUUGCCGAAGAUGAAGAUGGUGAUCCCCACUAUCUCAGGCGCUGCUACUUCCGACACUUCGGCGAGGGCCGAAGACCACGAGAUGGAGGAUGCUGCAACCUCGAAACCUGUUUCAUCUAACAUUCUAAUUGACCUUCCUGACGACGAUGACGAAGAACCACCACGGCCGAGGAGAAGCAAGAAAACGUCUGCUGGCAAGGCGACUCAGGAUGUGCCGGCACCCGAGACGUUGGUCGUGGAGGGAGACAAUGUCACUCGACCCACCGUAACCUUCGCGGUGCCGUUGCGAGUGCUCGCCCUUCGUCGUCGAGUGCUGCUCAACCCUCGCUUUUCUCCACCUACCCCGUUCCAGAAGACCAAGCCAGUGCUGCUAGAGAAGCGAUACGCCAAGCGGGGGUCAUGAUGGAGCAAGUGAAGGC